AUGCCUCUCACUAUUACGACGCCAUCUACAGUCAUAGCGAGCGCUAUCGUUGAGCGUGUGCCUGGCUUUGCCUACGCCCGGGGGGCUGAGGUCACUUUUCGAGAUACCCCGCGGCGCGGUGAACCAGGCAUCUACGAAGCGCGAAACGGCGAGCUAGCACUAGCCACCCAAGGCACAACCCAAGCGCAGCGCUCCUUCCUUGCGGAAUUAUUUCAAGGGGAGUUCAAACGAUAUCCUGGGCAAGAUGCGCUCUAUUUCACAACGCAAUGUCCAGUGCUGCAUGUCCCUAGCCAUCUCGCGCUGUCCAGCACGAUUGAACAGAAGGCUAUAUUGGACGACUCUCGCGCGCCUCUCGCUCAUGCUUCUCAUAGCGCUGUGAUUGCUCCCUCUGAUAUCCCACGUCUUACCAAACUGGCCCAGAUAGCCCCUCUACUCUCUCAGAGUCAAUCCUUUGCCAGGAUCGAGUCAUCCAUUCUAGAUGCUCUUCAUGAGUGGUGCAAGCCAGGCUUCAACUGGGGCGAUUGGAAUAAAUCUGAUGAAGCUAUCGCCCUUUACAACAAUGAUCUCCUUGAACAAGCUACUCCUGCGCAGCUUGAAAAGCUCCUUACCGCAAUCCAACGCCAGGACCGCUUCGUUGAAGGCACAAUUGAACAAGCAUACAAAUCUAAUUUACUCACGCGCAUUGCCCGACGAGCAGCGGCAAUUAUUCAACUAUCCUAG